UUUGAUGGUGGAGGUACUGUUGAAGUUCUUCCAGGGCAGUGGAAGGAGGAGGAGCUGAAGAACUUGGACUGUGAGGGACGAGCUGUCAUCACACAACAUCUUUUGAAGGAUACAGAAGGAAAAGAGUUGAGAAUAGCAGUCAUAAACGUAUACUGCCCACAUGUAGACCCUGAAAAACCAGAGCGUCGCAUCUAUAAAUUAAGAUUCUAUGAACUCCUGCGGCAAAGGGCAGCUGCCAUCAGAGCUACUGGCUGUCAUGUUAUUAUAGUUGGGGAUAUCAACACUUCUCACAGAAGAAUCGAUCACUGUGACCCAGAUGACAGUGAGGAUUUUGAGAAUCGUCUAGGCAGAAGAUACCUUGAUAUGAUGCUCCUGCCCAUAUACAAAAAUGAGCAACAGUAUGAAACAAGUAGUACUGACCAAAAAGCAAGAGUUGAUUCUGCCCAAAAUAAUUAUAUGUGUAGUUCUCAGCUUGGCAAAAUUGAUGGGAUGAUCAAAAUUAGUGACAGGCUCAAAUUAGCUAAGAACCGUUCCAGUAGCCUCACCGAAGGAAGUGAUUACUCAAGAGCAGAAGUGAAUAGCAAGACAAGAGAAGAAGGAUAUGGGGGUGAACAGCAGUCGGAUGAAUCUCUACUUUCUUCAAGCACAAACUUCCAAGUGGUUGAUACAUUCCGAUAUUUUUACCCACUGAAGGAGAAAGCAUUUACUUGUUGGCAUACCCUCUCCAAUUCUAGAGCUACAAAUUAUGGGACUAGGAUUGACUACAUUUUCUGUGAUAAAGAUUUUUUGACAUAUUUGAGAGAUGGGCAGGUUCUGCAGGAAGUUUUGGGGAGUGAUCACUGCCCUGUUGCCAUUGUAAUAAAUGGGGAAAUAACUCCAGCUGCUAAACUACCUUCAUCAUGCACUAAAUUCUAUCCAGAAUUUCAAGGCCUGCAGCAGAAACUGUCAUCAUACUUUCAGCCUAAAUCUUCUAGUACAAAGGCAAACCAGAACUUCAGUUUGCAAAAAAAUGAAAGUUCAAAUAAAACAUGGCCACUAAAUGGAGUCAAAAGAAAAGCUGAAGUUACUAAGAAAUCAGCCAGGAAGAUGGUAUGUACAGAAAAACAAAAGAAGUUGAGCUCAUUCUUUACUGUUAAACAGAAUUCCUUAAUUGAUACAGAUAAUGAAAAAAAUGAAAACCCAACAAGUCAAAAUCAUGCUGAUGUGAAUUUUGUAGGUCAUAACAACAAGGAAAUAAAAUCUGAUGAUUCCCAGGACAUCUCAUCUCAUGAAUUACCUCUGUCUCAAGGAAGUAAAGGAAAUCCAGUUAGUGGAUCACAGAAACCUCUCACUCUGGUGAAAAAUUCAGGUUGGAAUUUCUUGAUGAACGGCCCAAAACCCCCUCCUCUUUGUCCAGGACAUAAAGAACCAGCAGUAUUAAGAACUGUUAAAAAGAAAGGACCAAAUAUGAAUCGUCAGUUUUAUGCUUGUGCAAGAGGAGCAGGAAAAGAAGGAGACCCAGAGGCUCAAUGUAAUUUUUUCAAAUGGGUUGGGAAGUAGGAUAUCUGCAUUAUUUUUAUAUAAGCACAUCAGUUUUGUUUUAUGAUAUAAAAAAAAAUCAUUAGUAAUUCAUUGUUGAAUCUUGUAUUUCAUUCAUCAAUUUUUUAUCAUAAAUAAGAUAAUUUGUUAUCAGGAAUAUGUUGUAAAUUCAAAUAACUAGAAAUUUAGCUAGUUUUAUGGAUCUGAAUAAUAGAUCAAUUUUGAAAUAUAACAUGUAAUGUGCAUAUUAAAGAAUAAGCAUUAGGAAAUACAGAAACUAUUAGUUUUUUUUUCUUAAUUUGCUUGUAGAGACCCCUUUUACUUUGCUUUUGAUUGUUUUGAGAGGGAAAUUUUGCAAAGGAAAAUAUAACCUGAAAUGUACACUGUCCUUGAAAAGUCAAUAUAACACAUAAGAAAUUAAAUAAAUUAUGAUGGACAAAUAUUAAUACAUGUAAAUGUUUUGUGUUUUGAGUAGACUAAUAAAAGCUCAGUGACGAUACUCA